AAGAGCUAAAAGUUUGUGGAUGUUUUAACUGUGAACAUCGUGAAUAUUUAAUGACUUGAAUUAAUAAUCUAGAUCAUUAAAUUCAAGAAUAAAAAAAUUUAUUUAAUUAUUUUCUUGUAAAUUAAAAUGAUUAAACAAAUUUUAAUAUUUUUACUGUGUGUAAUUAUCACACAGGUUCAUUCAGCACCAAGUGGAUGUGUCAAUUUGUGCAGUGAACCAAUUGGAGGAGUUGGUGGUGCUGGUUACAAUAAUCAAGCAUCAGAAUCAUUGUCAGCAUUUCAAACACAUGCAGCAAUUCAACAAAAUUCAGCAUUACAAAAUUUUCAAAAUCUUCAAAAUCAAUUAUUACAUGGAUCACAAUUAAAUUUGGGUUACGUUCGUCCUGGUAAUUGGAGUGAACGUGAUCAAUGGGCAACUGAUGGUGGUGCUGGUAAAGUACAUGAAGAACGAGGACAAUUAGAAACUGGAAAUGCAAAAGUUCAAUACUACAAAAAAAAUUAUACUGCUUCAUUUGGAACUGGUGGUGGUGGUGGUAUGAUUAUUGGAAAUAGUCUUUUGGGAACUCAAAAUUCAGCUGGUUUAUUUAAUCAACAAAAUUAUGAUCAACAAUCAAGUAAUUUAAAUAGUGCAGUUGAAGAUUUUAGUGGAACAACUCAUGGAGUUCAAAUGGGAAAUGAAUUACAGACUCGUUUACGUGAACUUCAAUCACAAAUGGAUCAAUUUAAUGUUAAUUUUCAUCAACAAUCAUUACCUAUAACGACAACGUCUUCAUUUGAAAGUCACAUGAGCCAAUUAAAGACUCGUAUUGAUCAAGCAAACAAUCAAAUACGUCAAAAUAAUAAUAUAAUACAAAAUUCACACUCAUCUAAUGCCAAUCAAAAUUAUGAAUUUCAAAAAAAUAUGCAACAACUUGUUAAAAGUUAUGAAAAUCGUAUGCAAGAAUUACGAAGAAUGUUGGAUCAAAUUACACAACAGUCACAACAACAAACAAGCCAAGUUACUCAGCCAAAUUAUCAUCAACAACCAAAUCAAUAUACUGAAAGUGUAAAUAUUCCAGAAACAAAUAUUUAUCAACAACAUUAUGAUUAUAAAUCUCAACAUAAACAAAAUAAUUAUGUUCCAAGUACUCAAAGUUAUGUUGUACCAUCUGAUAAUUUACAGCAAUCACAACGUUAUCAACAACAAACGUAUGUUCCAAAUGAUCGAGUCACUUCAUAUCCAUAUCAACAACAACAACAACAACAACAUUCACAGGCAUAUGAGCAAUCAUCCCUAGAUCAUCAACAAUCACAACAUCAUGGCACUAAAAAUAUCAAACGUAUUCCUAUUUAUCAUAACAAUCGUUAUCAAAAUUACAGAGAAGAAGCUGCCAGUGAAUUGGAUACAUCCAAUGAUAAUCUUCAACACAGUCUUGUCAACCAAAAUGCUGGACAGACAAUUGUGCCAAGUGGUUCAGGAAAACGUGUUGAAGAACACUGGAGUGCAUCUGGACAUAGAAGUGAGACAAUUAUUCCUCAUCAUGUUGUUGCUGACACAGCUGCCAGUAAUCAACAGCUUUUUGAGAGAAUAAGACAACAACAACAACAACAACAACAGCAUCAACAACAACAUCAGCAACAUAGAAGUGGAUCAAGUCAUUAUACAUCUGGUGGAUCUUCUUCAGUAUAUCAACAAUCUGGAGGACAAUACAACACUGGUGUUCUUGAUGCAGGUCAUAAUCCUGACUGUGAUACAGAAACACAAGCACAAUAUAAUUCUCGUUAUCAAAGAAGAUACAGAAGAGGAAUUAGAGAUGGUUCUUCACGACAUACUGAUAAUUUAAAUCAACAAACUGAAGAUUUUUCACAGCAAACUCAACAAAAUUAUCAAAAUUUUAAUCAAGAACACAAUGGAAGAUUACAUCAUGGUCAGCAUGAGCAUGAUCAUGAUCACGUUAACAGACAUCAAGGACAAGUAGAAGAAAAUCAAGAUUUUUCUCAGCAGCAUCAAACACAAAGUAGCCAACAUGAAUUAGGAAGUCAACGUCAUCAUGAAAAUACCCACGAUCGUUAUGGUGGUAAUUACCAUCAACAACAAUCAACUAGUGCUGAUUAUGAUCAGCAUACAGAUAGUCAAUCACGUCAUCAUCAUAAUGACAAUGAUCAAGAUCAAUAUGAUCGUCAUGAUCAUCUUGAACAUGGUGGAUACAGACACCAACAGACUCAAGUUUCUCAACAAGAGGCAGGACAAUUUGAAUUUGGUCAACAAACACAUAGUUAUCAUCAACGUCCUGGUCAAUAUGCUUUACAAACAGAAAAUUUAUCACAACAAGCUCAAGGAUUUGGUGAUUUUACUCAACAACAACAGAAUUCUUCUGAAUUUACUCAGCAGUCAUCGAGUCAUUUAGACUUUAAUCAAAAUGACAAUAGUUUUGGUGCAAGACCAGCACCAAAGCCAACAAGAAGAGGCCAAAAUUCAUUAAAUUAUGAAACAAUGGAUACUGAAGUAAUUCGUCCAGUUGGUGUUAAAGGUGGAAGACCAAAAAAAAUUCAACAAUUACAGAGUAGCAAUAGUGAUGCAAGCACAGUCAUUGGCAUUGAAAAUCAACAACAAAAUGCUGGAUUAAAUUGGCACAUGGGACAUCAUCCUGGAGACUUGACAAGUGACAAUUAUCAACAACAAAAUAUUCCAGAAUUAUAUUCUCAAACAACAGGAAUAAAACCAACUCCUUUGGUGACAUUGUCACCUCUUUAUGGAAAUGAUCCUUGGGAUGUUCGUGAAAAACAAGAUGUCUAUUCAAACAAAGAUAUUCCAUUGAUUCAAUCAUCAUAUUCUACUGAUGAUGCAUCAACAACAAUUAAACCAGGCUUUUGGAAUAGAAUUUCAAAUAAAAUUACAAAUACAUAUGAAAAAGCCAAGGACAAAAUGUCUGAUGUAAUUGGCUAAGUUGAUGGAUAAUUAAAAAAUUGCUCAACUAAUUAUUCAAUCAACAAAUUAAUUGUUUGUUAAAUAUUCAUUGCAAUUUUUCAAUUGACAUUCACGUUUUUUCAGAUUAAAACAAAAAAAAAUGUCAUAACAAAUUCAUCAUUUUUUUUUCUUUCAGUUUUAAAAUAAAAUUAUUUAAGUCUAUUAUUAGUAUUAUAAAUAAUAAUAAUAAAUAUCAAUGAAUGUGCAAAAUAAUUUAAAAAAACUACAUUCAUGACAAUAAAUAAAUUAAAAUAAAAUUAUGUUGUCUUACCUCAGGAAGACCUUUGAAAAAUCUCACAAACAUUUGCUGUGCAAUUGCAUCUAAAAUAAAAAAUGACAAUCAUUAUUAUUUUGUUUAUAAUUUUAGUGUUGUUGAAAAGUAAUAAAUUGAACAAACCCAUUCCAAAUCGUGUGUUUGGUUCAUCUUGUAUAUCGUCACCCAUUUUAAUAAAUAAUUAAACCUGGACAAUAAUUUAUUUAUCUGUUUGUUUAUAAUUAAAUAGUAAAAAAUAAAAUGCUUUGCAAUGCUUUGUGUAAAUUGUGUAACACUCACACACAGCCAGUACAAGUAACAACAAAAGAUUGAGAAAAUGCGCGGGCUUUUUACAAUAAAAAAAAAAAAAAAACAUUAAACAACAACAAAUCGCCAUGAUUGAUAAAUCCAUUACAGUGGCCUCUCUAAUCUUUAUAUCUUACUAUGAAAAUAUAUUUCUGGCUCUGAUUUAUCAACAAAAUAAUGACA